AUGUAUUUUAUAGAGAACGUUCUACCACCAGUCGAGCCGCCGCUGCUUAUGGUGAGCCGUUUCCAAUGGGAUAAGAUCAAACAGAUCCAGACAUUUGCCCAGAGACCUUCAACAAAGGCAAGUCAGGUGAUAGUCGUCGAGACGGGCACGAGGCAGUGUUACGGCACAUCGGACUGCGCUAAGCUGCUGAAUGCGAUACAGGCGACAAACACAUCGGAUAAGCCGUAUUACUUCAUGAUAUCGUCAGAUGGGGAGUCGUUCGAUGCUCUUGGUUGGAGAAGACGGUCGCCUCUGUUUCCUCAAUACUCUGCGAAUGCCUUAGUGUUAGCUUUUAUAGGUACGAGGGCGGUACUGAAAAUUUCGGGAAUCAAGGAGGUUGCUAGAGCUUGCACCGCGACGCUCGUCUAG